UUUUGUUGCGUGGUAGGACUUGCGUCCUUUUCGAUCGUUGCUCAUUAGCUCCUUGCCGUGUUGCAGUCGAUAUAAUAUUUUGGGGUGUUAAAUCGCAGUUUACCAAGUUGUACAUAUAGAUAGAAUUCUUGAUUAUUGCCAAAUAAAAAUGAAUAAAUAAUUGGAAUGUAACCGUAAUGGCAUAGAUGCGAUAGUGUUCUCGAACUUCAUUACUUCGUUAACCGUGAUCGUUACGGAUAAAACAACUACAAAGAAAGUAACAUCAGUAUUAAUAGCAGGAUCGAAAUUAACUGAAUCGUUUAAAUCAUUGCAAAAUUGUUAGUAUCGUUUAGAAUAUUUAAUCUCAAUUUUUUCCGGGUGUUUUUUUUUAUUGUUGCUACACCAUAAAAAUCUUAGUCGUUGUGAGGCAUAUUCUCGUAAAUUCUGCACGCUUUUGAGAUCGAUUGUACAAAGCGAAAAAUAAGCUAUUUGAGUAUCAUGUCAGACAUGACAGAUGAAAGAGUUGCUGAUGAGAUAGAAGCUCUCAAAGCCAUACUUUUGGAUGAUGAGCUAACAAUUGGAAAAAAUGCAACCGGUGAGGCAGAAUACAUAGAGACUCUGGUGUUUCCUUCCACAGGCGAAGAUUCUCAGUCUCAGUAUGUUUGCCUCAGACUUUUGGUACAUUUACAUACUGGAUAUCCAGAUGUAUCUCCAACUGUUAGUCUGAAGAACCCUAGAGGUUUGCAUGAGGACACCCUCCAUCUCAUACAGACCGAAGCAGAGGCCAAGUGUCAAGACUUCAUUGGUCAGCCUGUCAUGUUUGAACUCAUAGAGCUAGUGAGAGAACAUCUGACAAGAAGUAAUUUGCCCACUGGUCAAUGUGCAGUUUGUCUCUAUGGGUUUCGCGAGGGUGACGAGUUUACGAAAACCGAGUGCUAUCAUCAUUUUCAUUCGCACUGUCUGGCCGCCCAUGUUGCAGCUUCUGAACGUUAUUAUAGAGAAGAGAAGGAAAAAUUGCCUCAUUGGCAACAGGAUUCAACCAAAGAUUUUCAAGCUAUAUGCCCAGUAUGCAGGGAGCCCAUCAAUUGCAAUGUCGACGCGUUGUGGUCAGCACCACCGCCAAUUGACGUAGAAGCCGCUUCGGAUUUUUCUGUCAGUACAGAAUUGCGAGAUUUGCAGCGACGUAUGUCGGUCUUAUUUUCACAUCAGCAACAACGCGGUGGUAUAAUAGACCUUGAAGCCGAAGGCGUUAAAAUGUUGUUAAGAACCGAAGAGGAAACCACAGCUGGAAUACCUGGACCAAGUCCCAAUGCCAUAGCACAAAAUUCAGUAAAUAAUACUGCGAGGUAUCAUCACCAUUAUGGAGCUCAUAACCAUCGAUUGGGCGAUUCUAAAAAUUCGUCCGGGCAUCAACAGCAAAGACAACGAGAGCAAAUUCAGCAGCAGACUGACAACUCACAAACUCACAAUCACAUGGACUCGCAUCAAAGUCAGAAUAACAAUAGCAGUCAGAGUAAUCACUACAGACGUCGGAAUCGAGGUCGAGGUGGACGCAGUACGAAUCGGCGGUACUCGGAAAGGGCACGUCAAGCAGAGUCGACUCCCAGAUGACAAUGGGCCCGUAAUUGUUUGCUUGUCAUUCGGUGGUUUUUGAAACCAUUAAAUACGUACUCUUAUAAUGAUAAAUCGUUGUUACGGCAUAUCGUUAAAAUCGUUCCAACAAUAGUCCAAUCUAUGUUAACAUACGACAAGCGUCAUUUGAUUAUUGUAGCGUCUUGAAGUUACAGGUACCGUCGUAGAGCGACAUAAACCUUGUAACGGUGUGUAAAAUGUAAGAAGACAAGAAUAUUUCGAAAAAAUCUCCAAAAGUUUAAAGAAAGUAAUGACAAUUUUGAUUGGAGAAUACAAUUAUGUUGGAUGGUAGGUUGAGCAUACGGGAAACGAGUAUUAAAACUUAGCCAAAUAUAUGUGCUCCUGUACCCGAGCUUCGGUGAAUAUUUUCAUCCCUCCACUUUAUAAAUUUACUGACAAUGAGGAUCGAAACAAAUGCACGCACCACUUAUAAACGCAGAUAGAAAAAUCACUUGCUCGAUGAUAUUCUUCCGUGGUCCAUUAUUUUAUCUUCGACUGUGAUACGUUUGUAGAGAAGCACUUCAUAAUCAUGAACCUAGUGCUUAGACUUUUUCGUUCAAUUCCUUUUUAUUGCAUUAUAUUUCCUACUUAUAUUUUCAUCAUAAUUAUGUGAAAAAAUGAACAUACAAGGAGUACUUUUAGACUAGUCAUUGAUGUCGAAAAUAUUAAUAACUUUUGUUCGUGUCAUGAAAGUACGGUGAAUGCAUAUAUUAUUUUAUAAAUUUUGCACGAUAUUUCGUGGUAUUUCAUUCGCGAGAUAGGUUUCUGUACAGAUUCGAAUUGGCUAAAUUAAAUAUAUAUGAGGCAUUCCACGCGAAAUCGAGCGGUAUGAAAAAUAGUUAAUUUUGAUUUCCUCAAUAUUUUUCGCGUAUUUAAAUAGAUUCCUCAAAAAAACGUUUCUGUGUUUCUGUAAAAUGUUGCGAUUUCGAAAAUCGAUCUUUUGAGUAUUUGUAUUCAAAGAAUAUCAAAUUAAAAAAAAAAUCGCUGUUUUUGUUUGAUUUUUUUUCAAAUUUCUUGAGUUUGAAAUGUAAAAUAGUAUUUAUAAAUAGUAUAUACACACCUGGGGAGGGAAAGUAGACUACUUCUUAUCACAAUUCUGCUCGCGGUUUGAGGUGGUCUAAUUUUACUCCCGUGGAGUGUAUACUAUUUUUCACUACACAUGCACCGACAAUUCAACCUUCCGAUUUCGGAAAGUUGAACUUUCGGCGCAUGUGUGGUGAAAAAUAAGUGUAUUUUCGAUUAUUUUAAAAAUUUGUUAUUUCAAACUACUAAUCGUUUAACUGCUGUGAUAUUUUUUUCAAUUUUUAAAAUUUGAAAAAAAAUUUCCCAUAAAUCAUUGUGAGAAACGAUUUUUGUCACUGAAUACUCUUUAUUUAAAAUGUAUUCGAGGAAUCUUUGAUUAUUUUCAUUGUAUUUGUUUUUCUGUAAAAGCCAUUAAAAAAAAAACAAAAAAUAUUUAGAAAAAAGCUUCAAUUUUGACCAUUAAUCUAUUCGGAGCGGAAAUUUUUACUUUAAAAUCGAUCUUUGCGCAUAAUAUUUAGGAAUUUCCGACGUAAAAUACUUGUUCAAGCUAGUGAUCAAUAUUUCGACCAGAUCCGUCUUCAAAAGCAAUUUUUUAAAAAUUCGAUACUCUUUGAACAAAUAAUCAAAAAAUUUCAGAAUUUAAUAGAAAGGCUCUUUUGGGGGAUGCUAAAAUAUAUUCAAAAACUAAGGCAAUCAAAAAUCAAAUUUUUUAAACCGUCCGAUUUGGCGUGAAACUCCCCAUACAUUGCGGUUGUUCAAAUUUUAUCAUGCGUUUUUAUAGUUUGAGAUCAAGAGACUCAGUGGAGUCUCGGGAUAAGCACAUGAACAACUCUGUCGUUUGCUGGUCUGAGGCUGGCCGAAACUAUACUUUCUUUGAAUAAAACCAUUCGCGGUGGUUUGUUUAUCUAGAUAAAGAGACACAUAUUAUCGGUGAGCCUUGAACCAACAGACAACAAAGCUGACCGUGUGCUUGUUCCGAGGCUCUGCCGACGGCAUUUCUUAGUGAAUGACAUCUCCACGCAAACGUGAUGAAAAGCGUGAAUGAGAUUAGUGAUCGUCUGAUUGAAUGAAUAGUCCCAAUUUUUGUGUCAGUCUCCUAUAUUGUAUGCUGUGCCAUAUAUAUUGCCAGAUAGAAUAUUGCAAAUUUAAUCCUUGAUAUUCUUUUUUGGUAUCGAUAGUUCUAAGUAAGGUUUGUGUUAAAUUAAAGCACAUCAUUUUAAAAAUCCGAUUUCUUCACAUGUUCUCAGUACACAACUAUUCGAUUGUGCACAAAACUGUAUACAAACGUGUGCGUAUCAAAUGAUUUAUAAUAAAUGAGGUGCUGACAUUUUUCGAAA